AUGGAUCCUGUCGUGCAGACUAGCAAGAGACAGCGAGAUGAAGAUAUCGCCAAGAUCAUCGACGACGCCACGAUCAAGCAUACCCGUCGCGACCACAGACCUAGGUCCGUCGGCACGACAAACAUAAUUCUGGCAUUGGGAUCGAAGGUCUCGACGACAUGGACGCGGAUGUUCCGUCACUAUUAA